CUGAACCUGGUUCAACCCCUCGCCAACCACCACUGCCUGAAACUUCACCAGAUUACUCCGUCUGGAAAUUUAAAGUCACAGCGUAUCUACAGAGUCCCAAUGGCCGAACAUUUCAACUACCUCAUAUCCUAUUUGAGUGAUGAAGCAGUACGAAGGGCUACAGCCAAUGGUUUCGCGGCAAGUAACACGCUUCCACAAAACUGGAGAAUCUUAGAUGACAGUUUUUCCGUGCCCGUGGACACCCAACAGGUGACGAUCCAGUUCUUAUCACGUCACCAAAAAGCAAGCGAGAACCCAAUCGACUACCUUAAUUCCUUGCAGCAAAUCGCGGUACUGGCAUUCCCUCGUUUAGAUGUCAUGGGACGAGAGGAAUUAAUACGCUCACGUUUUGUCGAAGGGCUGGUGCCUGGUCCACCAAGAGAACAUUUUCUUCGAAGCCCACCAGUUGGUACACCUGACUUAAGAAGAACAACACUACGUUUCCUGGCUGCAGACAAACUAGCGAAUUUAUCAGAUGCACAUCCACCAUCAGUGAUAGCUGUGGAACGACCCACAGGAUCUAGUGGCCUGGACAGUUUCCAGAGGACAAUGGCUGUUGCAGACUUUUCCAGCCUCGGGCAGCCUAGUUCGAGAUGGAAUAGACAACCAGAAUAG